AUGUGCGAGAACUGGCUGGCGCAGUGCGACAAUGUGUGGAUGAAGGAUCGAAAGCUUAGUGUGGACGUGUUGAAGCCACUCUUGGAGAUGAAGAGGAGGAUGGAGGAGGAGGGGUUGGAUACGUUUGAAACGGGGUACCAUUGUCUUUGGAAGGCCAUGGAGUCGGUUUAUACCAAGUUGGGGAUGGUACGCAAGGCGGAAGAGUGUGCGGCUGUUUUGGAUCCCGUUUCGGAGGUUUUCAACAAAGCCGUCUCCCCAGCGGUUGAUGACGUCUAG